AUGACGAGGCUGACGCAGAUUAUCACCAUUGUUCUGUUUCUAGGAGUUAUCUCGUUCUGCUGUGCAACGAGAGCUGCAAUUCUUCUUCCCGGAGGUAGCCCCGACCCCAACUUCUCGGGGCUGAACGUGUGGUACGACGCCGGAUCGAUUGGGAUUGCGGAUGGAAACGCGAUCGACGCUUGGCACAGUUCUGCAGCGACCGCUAACACUGCUGCCGCAUUCACUGCCGCGAGGCGACCGACUUUCGUGGUAUCGGGGCUUGGUGGAUUGCCUGCAGUCUCGUUUGACGGCAUCGACGAUCAACUGCGAAUGGCCACGAGCUAUUUCUCGGAGGCCUCUGCACUACCACUCACCAUUUUCACAGUACUGCAAACUUCUGAUACCUCUGCUCAUGUGAUCGGCACAGGCUCCUCGGGAAACGGAUAUUUGAGCAGCUUCGGGUAUGGGUUGGUUAUCGAUGGAUCAGCGUCACUGAAGGCAAACUUUAAUAGCAAUGGUAUCUACCUUCAGGCGGCAACCACAGACUUGAGUAACGGAGGGUUGGUAACCUCCAUCGCGGCGAACGCUGGUAGCUCGAUCGCGAUUAAUGGGUUGACGGAGAGUUCCGACAACGUCAGCAGCCUCUUUCCGUAUUUCAAUUAUUCUCAAGCGACUCUAGGGGCUAGCGACGGAAGUGGUAGCGGUAACUCUGUAGACCCCUUUGCAGGUUCAAUCUCUGAGAUUCUUGUCUACGGAAGCCUAAGUCCUUCGGAAGUCGAUCAGGUCAACGACUAUCUGAUGGACAAGUACUUUCCGGUGCCUGAGCCAUCGUCACUUGUGCUCGCCUUUCUCGGUGUGAUCACUCUCUGCUUUACGGUUCUCCACCGACGCGGUGCAGGUCCAUACAGUUUCACGGUGCUGGGCGAACUCCCCGGGGGCAGUACUGGCACAACCCCAACUGCCGUCUCGGGAGACGGGGCAGUCGUCGUUGGAAUGGGGUACUCGAGCUCCGGCUCUGAAGCCUUUAUGUGGACAGCAACCGGAGGGCUCGUCGGACUCGGCGACUUACCUGGCGGAAUUUUUCAGAGCAGUGCAGACGGCAUUUCGAAUGAUGGAUCCACCAUUGUCGGUCGGGGCUGGCCGGCUUCUGGAAGUGAUAUCUAUCGCUGGACUGCUGCCGACGGGAUGGUUGUCUUAGGGGAAUUGCCGGGUGGUGCAUCGUUUGGGCGCGCUGAUGCGGUGUCGUCCGAUGGAUCGGUGGUGGUCGGCUUCAGUAAUACCGGCUCCGGAAACGAGGCAUACCGCUGGACCGAAUCUGGCGGAAUGGUCGGGCUGGGUGACUUGCCGGGUGGAAAUUACGACAGCCGAGCUAACUCAGUCUCGGCAAACGGCGAUGUGGUCGUCGGGUAUUCAAACUCAUCCUUGGGCAUUCAGGCAUUCCGUUGGACAUCGGCAACCGGAAUGGUCGGGAUGGAAGACUUACCAGGAGGUGGCUUCUUGAGCCAAGCCUGGGAUGUAUCUGCUGACGGACAGAUUAUCGUCGGCCGCAGUCUAUCAGCCUCUGGUCAUGAGGCGUUCCGAUGGACCGAAGCGGGUGGAAUUGUGGGCCUGGGUGAUCUUCCAGGUGGAAAUUUUUUCAGCCUUGCGAGCGAUGUCUCUGGCAAUGGCUCUGUAAUCGUAGGAGUAAGUGCCACGUCGAAGCCUUUCAAUGAACCGUUCAUCUGGACCGAAGCGCACGGAAUGCGACUUCUCCAGGACGUGCUAAUCGAUGACUACGGCCUUCCACUGGAUGGAUGGACGCUGAGCGGACUGGGAGGGAUCUCGGACGACGGUCGCACCAUUGUCGGUACCGGCUGGGAUCCCAACGGCAACCGACAGGGCUGGGUGGCAGUCAUUCCUGCGUUCCGGUGGACUCCCUCGGGUGGUCUGGUUGGCCUGGGUGAUUUGCCUGGCGGAACGUUUGAUAGCAGGGGCUACGGGGUUUCUGACAACGGAGUAAUCGUAGGGCGAGGAAGUUCGAGUUCUUCUAGCUCCGAAGCUUAUCGAAGUAGUUCGGGCGUCAUGUCUGCGCUGGGAGACUUACCUGGUGGAUCUUUUUCCAGCACCGCCUUGGGAAUCUCUGCCGAUGGCCAAGUGAUCGUGGGAGGCAGCUACUCGUCCUCUGGAUUCGAGGCGUUUCGUUGGACUUCUUCCGGUGGCAUGGUCGGCUUGGGCGACUUGCCGGGUGGUGGCUUUUACAGCUAUGCGAGAGAUGUAUCCGAUAACGGUUCAGUAGUGGUCGGUCAAAGCCAGACCCCAGAGACCGAGGCCUUUCUCUGGACAGCACAAGAUGGAAUGGUUGGUCUUGGCGAUCUGCCAGGUGGGCAGGAUUUAAGUGUCGCGUAUGGCGUUUCCCCUGACGGCUCUGUGGUCGUUGGUGUCAGCGGAUCUACUUUGGGGUAUGAGGCGUUUCGCUGGUCGUCCGAGACCGGGAUGGUCGGGCUCGGCGAUCUUCCUGGGGGGAACUUUAAUAGCUAUGCAUACGGCGCCUCGGCAGCAGGAGCGGUCGUCGUGGGAAAGAGUUGGGGAACUUAUACCGGAGCAGGAGGGGACGAGGCCUUUAUUUGGUCAGAAGCACACGGCAUGCAGAACCUUCAGGAUGUUCUGACCAACGAUUUCGGAUUCGACCUGACCGGCUGGAAACUUCGCUCCGCGAACGACAUCUCCGCCGACGGCCGCACCAUUGUCGGUUACGGGACAAACCCUGAUGGAAAUGUCGAAGCUUGGGUUGCGGUGGUGCCGGAACCCUCCUCGUUUCUACUCGCCGCAUGUGGUAUGGCCGCACUCUGUGACCUUGCCGGAGGACUUGACGAUAGCCGUGCGACAAGUGUGUCUGCGGACGGAACAACUGUCGUGGGACACAGCGAAAGUGGAUCGGGUACACAAGCAUUUCGCUGGACCAUCGGAGACGGGAUGGUCGGGCUCGGUGAUCUAGCCGGAGGGUCGUUUAGCAGCUUUGCCAACAGUGUUUCGGCUGAUGGAGCCGUAGUGGCUGGCCAUGGCAACAGCGCGAAUGGUCUCGAAGCCUUCAGAUGGACUUCUGGUGGCGGCAUCGUGGGCCUUGGCGACCUGCCUGGCGGAAGCUUCUUUAGUGUCGCCAGCGGCAUCUCGGCCGACGGCUCGGUCAUGGUCGGUUCCAGUUCUGGCGGCAUCACUAAAGGCUUUCGGUGGACUGCUGGCGGUGGGAUGGUGGCAUUGGGCGACUUGCCUGGGGGAGGGCAAACGACCAGCGCGAAUGAUGUGUCGGCCGAUGGAUCGGUGAUUGUAGGUCAGAGUGAGAGUGCUUCCGGAGUUGAGGCCUUUCGCUGGACUGUGGGAGGCGGCAUGGUCGGUCUUGGCGAUCUACCAGGGGGAUCUUUCGGCAGUUAUUCACAAGCUGUAUCGGCUGAUGGUUCAACAGUGGUUGGAUUCGGGAACUCGGUUUCCGGAGGAGAGGCUUUUCGAUGGACAUUUGCCGAGGGCAUGGUGGGCCUAGGCGAUUUCCCUGGCGGAUCGAGCUUCAGUGUCGGCAACGACGUAUCGGCCGACGGGUCGAUCGUAGUUGGGCGCGGUCAAUCCGCAUCCGGAUCCACGGCGUUCAUUUGGGAUGAAACGAAUGGGAUGCGGAAUCUGGCCGACGUGCUUACGAAUGAGUUCGGUCUCGAUCUCACUGGUUGGGACCUCAGGGAGGCCACCGGCAUUUCUGACGAUGGCCGCACCAUCGUCGGUUACGGAUUCAACCCCAAUGACGACCUCGAAGCCUGGGUGGCCGUGGUGCCGGAGCCGUCCAGUUUUGUUCUAGCAGCGUUCGCGUUUGCUUCGGUCUGUGUGGUUGCCCUUCGACGUCGACACAAUUCCCACUGUGCGAGUCCCUACAGUUACGCCUAUGGGAUCUCAGCAGAUGGUUCCACGGUGGUGGGAACUAGUAGUUCCAGUUCCGGCGACCAGGCAUUCAUCUGGACGAUGGGGGGCGGGCUUGGUGGUCUCAGCGAUCUUCCUGGGGGGAGUUUCGGCAGCGAAGCUUAUGGCGUUUCGGCUGACGGGUCGGUUGUGGUCGGCAAAGGAAACUCGGCUGCUGGUGCAGAGGCGUUCCGCUGGACUUCUUCCUCCGGGAUGGUGGGGCUGGGAGAUUUACCCGGGGGAAUUUACUUCAGCGAGGCACAAGGUGUCUCGGCCGAUGGCUCGGUGAUUGCAGGCACGAGCCAGGCGAGUUCGCAAAGCGAAGCAUUUCGCUGGACAGCAGGCAGUGGAAUGGUCGGGUUGGGAGUCUUGCCCGGUGGAUCAUUUGGCAGUCUCGCUCAGGAUGUCUCGGCCGAUGGCUCGGCUAUUGCAGGAACCAGUAGUUCUGCAUUGGGCAUCAACGAAGCGUUCUUGUGGACCUCUGCGGGAGGAAUGGUCGGACUUGGCGAUCUUCCUGGCGCAAACUUUCACAGUAUCGCGAAUGCCAUCUCGGCUGACAGCUCAACAGUCGUUGGUCGAAGCAACUCUUCUUUAGGUGCCGAGGCAUUUCGAUGGACAGCUUCCGACGGGAUGGUGGGGCUGGGAGCGCUUCCAGGGGGUAGUGGAAGUAUCGCGCAAGCUGUCUCCGGCGAUGGGGCCGUAAUUGUUGGGGCAGCGGACCUGGGAUUCUUCCUCGGUCAAGGGGCCUUCAUUUGGGACGAAACGAAUGGCAUGCGAAAUCUGCAGACUGUUCUCACAAACGAGUUCGGUCUCGAUUUGACCGGUUGGACACUCAAGGAAGCCCGCAGUGUGUCGGACGAUGGCCGCACGAUCGUGGGCUACGGUCUGAACCCAAUUGGGAAUCCAGAGGCUUUUGUGGCCGUCGUGCCUGAGCCUUCCUCCCUUGUCUUGAUAGCGAUUGCCUUAGUCCGGAGAACGCUCAUGAAGACAAUCAAGAAGCUCAUGCUCGUAUCCGUUGUUUUCCUUGUAGCAUCCAACGCCCGUGCAGCCCCGGUGAGCUUCAUGGGGAUUGGGUACAUCCCUGGCGGGGCCGAGUCGAGUUUCGCCCACGGGGUCUCUGCCGACGGUUCCGUCGUGGUUGGUCAGGCGUUCUCUUCCCAGGGCUUUGAGGCCUUUCGUUGGACUUCGACCGGAGGAAUGGUUGGGCUCGGAGAUCUAGCGGGUGGUGGAUAUCAGAGUGGAGCGCGUGGAGUUUCCGGUGAUGGGACGACCAUGGUCGGGCAGGGGCUUUCGAACACAGGCGAAGAGGCGUUUCGGUGGACAUCGGCUGGCGGAAUGCAGGGUCUGGGGGAUCUCCCUGGCGGUACUACCUAUAGUGAUGCCCGUGCGACAUCGGCCGAUGGUUCGGUUGUCGUGGGACAGGGCGAGUCUGCUGCAGGAAGUGAGGCGUUUCGCUGGACCGCUAGCGGUGGCAUGGUCAGCCUGGGAGAUUUACCCGGCAACUCAACCUCCAGCGCGGCGUACGGAGUUUCGGCGGAUGGAAAUGUUGUGGUCGGGCGAGGCUUCUCGAACGCCGGCUUCGAGGCCUUUCGCUGGACCUCCGUGGGGGGAAUGCAGGCGUUGGGUGAUCUGCCGGGUGGAUCUUUCGACAGCUUGGCUCGUUCUGUUUCGGCCGAUGGGGCAGUCGUGGUCGGGCACGGAUUCUCAGACGAUGGGAUGGAAGCCUUUCGUUGGACCGCUGGCGAAGGCAUGGUCGGUCUGGGCGAUCUACCAGGUUCGGCCCAUCACAGUGUGGCCACAGACGUUUCGGCUGACGGUUCAACGAUUGUCGGAAGAGGAUUGACCGAUCUGGGAAGCGAGGCGUUCAUCUGGGACGCCGAUCAUGGGAUGCGAAAUCUGCGGUUGCUGCUUACAGAUGAAUUCGGGCUCGAUCUCACUGGGUGGUCGUUAAGCGAUGCAACCGCGAUUUCGGAUGACGGGCGAACGAUCGUCGGAUCGGGCAUCAACCCUGAUGGAUUCUCGGAAGCCUGGGUGGCUGUGGUGCCAGAGCCAUCUUCAAUAACGCUGGGCGCUUUUGCGCUUGUUGCGGGUUCGAGUCCCGUCGUCCUCGCUUGUGCCUCUGCGGAGGCACUUGUUUUGCGCAGCCCCCUAUUUGCGGCCUCGCACGCUGCCAGCAAGGCGGACCCGAUUGUGAGGCGGGGCACUCUGCGUAGUCUUCUCCCUCUAAUGGCGGGAGUGGCAGUUGUCUAUUCUGCCCGAUUCGAUUACCGCCCUUGA